CUCCCGACCGCUCUGAGAUGGCGCUCCUCCGUCUGCCGCUGCUGCUGCUGCUGCUGCCGGCGCUGCUGGCAGGCGCACCGGCGGGUGGGAUGCAGGCCGGCACCGAGUCCACCGACGACAUGGGGGCCUUCUCUAUUUGGGAGCCGCACAGAGUGGCUGCGCCGCGUGAGUUUGCGGCACAGCAGAAGGGGACGCCGGCUGAACGGGUGGGUCGGCUGGCGGCCCUGCUGCGCGGUAUCGGCGGCAGCGAGGAGUCGCAUCCCAGCUGCCAGCCGGGCACCCGCUGGACCACCGAGUGCGGUGUCUGCAUGUGCUCGCCCACGGGCGAAGCGCGCUGCGCUGGCGAGGACUGCACCUUCAUUCCCGAACAGGGCAGCGACGGAUCGAUCCUGGAGCUCGGCAUGGGCGACGACAUGGACCUGCAGGCGCUCAGCAGCGAACGGCACGUGCUGGUGCUGCUGCCGUGACCUGGUCGCCGCACGCGCGCUGACUGCGGCCCGCUGUAUCCGCGGCACGAUCUGUUCGCGAUCUGUUCGCGAUCUGUUCGGCGAUCUGGGGCCGGGAUGAGCCGCUGCUCUCGUCUCGCCGAGAGCAGGCUUCUGCGGUCGUCUAGAGUGUAGGCGCGGCACAGCAGAGCCCGUCCGGAUGUGGUGUUCGGGAUUGUGAUCGGACUCGGGGAGCAGGAUGCUGCUGUGCACCCUCGGGUAAUGAAUGUUGCGAAGGUGUGAACGGCUGAGGAUGAAGUCGGGCCAGACGUCACCGACUCUCCACCUGCUGCUGUCAAAUUACUGUAAUCCUGUUCGAUGACAUCUAGCCUAUUAUUUAGAUGUGUAAUCUUCGGGGAACGGCGCGACUCAGUUGGCAACGUGCUCGCCACGAACGUGUGCGGGAAGGCGUGGGACUGAGCCAGACUAUCAACCUAGGGUUUUGUCCUUUGUCGUAGGAAUGCGCGCAAGGAUGGUGGCACCAAGUGACCCGAAAUGUUGAAGCCACCUUUAAAUCAAGACCAAAUCACAUCGUUCUAUGUCUCGUAGCCUUGCAGUGGCGCCAGUAAGAAGCCUUAUCCCUGGGCAACGGGUGUUAAAAAAACAUUUUGUGCAGUCGUUGAAGAUGGAGUUUUCUAGGUAGACGCAAAACUAAGGAGGCAAGACAUUAGUGAGAGUCUCUGGGCACGACAUGCGUCAGCAACCAAUAAAUAUCCAACACAUAGGUUAUGGUAACUUAAGGUUGCUUUGGUGUCUACCUUUGGGUUCGCGAAACUGUGAUGUUGUGAACGAAGAUGGCUGUGUCAUUGCAAAUAUAUUUUUCU